AUGGCCACAGAGCAGGCAAGGGGGCAGCAUGACCUGGACCCCAGUUGUCAGGAGCCUCCUGUGGGGGAUGUGACUCCCAAGAGGGAUGCUGGGGGCGCCCCCUUGACUAGGAAGAAGAGCAAGAGGGAGCGGGGCCUCCGAGGGUCCCAGAAGGGCCCUGGCAACUCUGGGGAGCAGGCCCCUGUCCAGGGCCCUGAGGCUUCAGGGAGCAGCAAGAACCCCUCUAGGACCAAAGAGGGGCAGGGAGAGCCACCCCCUACAGCCCCAGGGCCGGCCUCUCGUCGCCAGUCUCACCGGCAUCAUCCUGACCCCCAGCACGAUGCCGCUCAGAGGACAUACGGGCCCCUGCUGAACCGCGUCUUUGGAAAGGACCGUGAGCUGGGCCCGGAGGAGCUGGAUGAGCUUCAGGCUGCCUUCGAGGAAUUUGACACUGACCGUGACGGCUACAUCAGCUACCGGGACCUGGGCGACUGCAUGCGGACCCUGGGCUACAUGCCCACUGAGAUGGAGCUCAUCGAGGUGUCACAGCACGUCAAGCUGCGCUUGGGUGGCUGUGUGGACUUCGACGAGUUUGUGGAACUGAUAGGCCCAAAGCUGAGGGAGGAGACGGCGCACAUGCUGGGCGUGCGAGAGCUGCGCUGCGCCUUCCGCGAGUUUGACAGGGACAGGGAUGGACGAAUCACGAUUGCUGAGCUGCGGCAGGCAGCACCGGCUCUGCUGGGGGAGCCAUUGGAGGGUACUGAGCUGGAUGAGAUGCUCCGGGAAGUGGACCUCAACGGGGACGGCACCGUAGACUUUGAUGAGUUUGUGAUGAUGCUGUUCACCCCCUGA